UAGAGGAGGGACUCCGUCUUUUAAAGAAGUACUUCUUUUUCUUUUAAAGUAGUAGUUGUGUGCCAGUGAAGAAGGAAGAGUCCCAACAUGGCCGUCCGUCCCUCUUUGAUCUGCUUCUUCGUCCUCGGGCUGAGUGCUGUCUCAUCAGCUGCUGGACGUCAGUACUAUUUUGUGUAUGACAGGAAGAACUUUACUGAAGCCCAGAGAUACUGCAGAGAGAAACACACAGACCUGGUCUCUGUAGACCACAUGGAGGUCAUGGAGAUCCUGAACAACACCGUAGAUCUAGACCAGAUGGUCUACUCCAAGAACAGCUACAGAGCCUGGAUAGGACUGUCCCGGGACACCUGGAGGUGGUCCCUGUCAGACCCAGGUUUCUACAGACCCGGGGAGACGGACUUCAGACGAUGGGGGCCAGGACAACCAGAUGUUGGACACAGUGGAAAAGUCUGCACAGCAAUUAGUCCACGUGAUGGACUCUGGUACGACGACGGUUGCGACCAGAGAAAUUAUCCAGUGUGCUCAGAGGUCAGAGGGUCAAAUGUCACUUUUGUCGUCAUCCUCUCCUCUCUGACAUGGACUAGAGCCCAGAGCCGCUGCAGAACCCGCUACACAGACCUGGCCAGUGUGAGGGACAUGACAGACCACCAGAAGAUACAGCCGUUGCUAGGUGGAGGAGGUGUAUUCUGGAUUGGCCUCUUCAGGGACCCCUGGAAGUGGUCUGAUGGUAGUAACUCCUCAUUCAGCUUCUGGAAGACCGGGCAACCUGAUAACAAGAACCCGAACCAGACCUGCGUGGCUGCAGACUUCAGCCAAUCAGGAGCCUGGGAGGGCUGGCCAUGUGACGUGGAGAGAGCGUUCAUUUGCUACGGUCCAGGUGAGUGGUACGGUCCAGGUGAGUGGUACGGUCCAUGUGAGUGCUACGAUCCAGGGUCCAGGUGAGUGGUACGGUCCAGGUGAGUGGUACGGUCCAGGUGAGUGCUACGGUCCAGGUGAGUGGUACGGUCCAUGUGAGUGCUACGAUCCAGGGUCCAGGUGAGUGGUUCGGUCCAGAUGAAUGCUAAGGUCCAGUUGAGUCUUAACCCGGGACUCAAACAGCUUUUACAUUUAGAUUCAGGACUAUAGGGAUGAAACGACAUUCUCAACUCACCAUUUGAUUCAGGAUUUUAAGUUGAUGAGACGAUUUUCUCAAGAUGU